GAGGUAUUCGUAGAUUCCGAAAUGAGAGGAAACUGGUCAAGGUUUUUGAACCACAGUUGUAAGCCGAAUGCCAGCAUCUAUGUGGCUAGGGUCGGGCAUACUAGAUUUGUGGCUAUUCGAGCUGCGCGAGCGAUUAUGAAGGGAGAGCAGAUAACGAUUGACUACCAGGGAGACUACUUUACCACAGACUUCCCGUGUCAAUGCGGGGAAGAAGGUUGCAAA